AGUUGUAAUGCUCUUCCGCUUCCCGCGGUGGCGGGGCGUUGCCUAGGUAACACUUUUUGCGUGCGGCCUGCUGAGGAUGGCUACGGGAGUCGCUCCCAUAGCCGAUGGGGAAUUUACCGCGGCUAUUUACGGGCUGAUCAGGGCCGGGCGGUUCGCGGAGGCUGUGGGGAUCUUAAGUAGCGAGCUGCAAAGAAGCUGUCGCUCCCGGGCAGGGCUCUCUCUGCUCGGCUACUGUUACUAUCAGCUGCAGGACUUCGCAGCGGCGGCCGAGUGCUACGAGCAGCUUGAGGCGCUGCACCCGGAGCUCCACGAGUACCGGCUGUACCACGCGCAGGCGCUCUACAAAGCCGGGCUCUACGCGGAGGCCGUGCGCAGCACCAUCCCGCUGCUCGAUGUCCCGGCCUUCCAGAGCCGGGCCCUGCGCCUCCAGGCCGCUGCACACUAUGCUCAGGUCGACCUCUCCAGCGCUAAGGCCCUGGUGGAACUGCAGCUGGCAGCCGCCACGGAACGUAGUCCUGGGGCUGCUGAAGACCCCUCGGAGCUGCCGGAUGCCGAGGUGAACAUGGGCUGCCUGCUGUACCGCGAAGGGCAGCAUGAAGAGGCUUGCAGCAAGUUUGCGUCUGCCAUGCAGGUGCUGGGCUACUGCCCUGAGCUGUCCUACAACAUGGCGCUGUGCUGUUAUGCAGCAAAGCAGUACGCCCCUGCCCUGAAGCACAUUGCGGAUAUCAUUGAGCGGGGCAUGCAGCAGCAUCCAGAGCUGAGUGUGGGCACAAACACCGAGGGCCUGGAUGUCCGCAGCGUGGGCAACACUUUGCUCCUGCAUCGCACGGCUCUGGUAGAGGCCUUCAACCUCAAGGCUGCCAUUGAGUACCAACUGUGCAACCUGCAGGCAGCUCAAGAGGCACUCACAGACAUGCCACCCCGGGCUGAGGAGGAGCUGGACCCAGUCACUUUGCACAACCAGGCUUUGAUGAACAUGGAUAGACGGCCUACUGAAGGCUUUGAGAAGCUGCAGUUCCUUCUGCAACAGAACCCCUGCCCACCAGAGACCUUUGGGAACCUUCUUCUUCUCUACUGCAAGUAUCAGUACUAUGACUUGGCUGCGGAUGUGCUGGCUGAAAAUGCUCACCUGACCUAUAAGCUUCUCACACCCUAUCUGUACAACUUCUUGGAUGCCAUGAUCACUUGCCAAACUGCCCCUGAGGAGGCAUUCCAUAAGCUUGAUGAGUUGGCAGGGGCUCUAACUGAGCAACUGAGAAAGUUGACCAAGGAGGUGCAGGAAUCUAGGAAAAAUCGAGAUGAUGAAGCUCUAAGGAAGGCAGUUAAUGAAUAUGAUGAGACUCUGGAGAAAUAUGUUCCUGUCUUUAUGGCUCAAGCCAAGAUUUAUUGGGACAUGGAGAACUAUCCUAUGCUGGAAAAAAUGUUCCACAAGUCAGUGGACUUCUGCAAGGAUCAUGAAGUAUGGAAACUUAACGUGGCUCAUGUACUGUUCAUGCAAGAAAACAAAUACAAAGAGGCCAUUGGUUUCUAUGAGCCUAUUGUAAAAAAGCACUAUGAUAACAUCUUACAGGUCAGUGCCAUUGUACUGGCUAACUUGUGUGUUUCCUACAUCAUGACUAGUCAAAACGAAGAGGCAGAAGAGCUGAUGAGGAAGAUUGAAAAGGAAGAAGAGCAGCUAUCUUACCAUGAACCUGAGAAAAAGAUCUAUCACCUGUGCAUUGUCAACCUAGUGAUUGGGACUCUCUAUUGUGCCAAAGGGAACUUUGACUUUGGCAUCUCAAGGGUGAUUAAGAGUUUGGAGCCUUACAACAAAAAGCUGGGUACAGACACUUGGUAUUAUGCCAAAAGAUGCUUCCUGUCAUUGUUGGAAAAUAUGUGCAAGCAUGUGAUCAUGGUGCGUGACAGCGUCAUUCAAGAAUGUGUCCAGUUUCUUGAACACUGUGAAGUGUAUGGCCGAAACAUUCCAGCUGUUAUUGAACAACCUCUUGAGGAAGAGAAGAUGCAUACAGGGAAGAACACUGUUACUUAUGAAGCUAGGCAGCUGAGGGCACUGAUGUAUGAAGUUACUGGGUGGAAUAAAUAAUUGCUGUGACAUUCCCAUACAAAAUUGCCAGGGAGCAGAAGAUCAAUGAGACACUUCCACUAUUCAAAAUACUAUAUAUAUUUACUUGUUUUUCGCAUGUAGUCUGUUGUGAUUGAAAUUAAAAUUGGAUUUGUACCAAAUUAACACAGAACUGAGAGCACCUUCAGAGGCUGUUGAAUAUUGAAGCAUAUUUAUAUCUAUCAAACUUGGGAAGAAAUAUUGAACUAGCUAGACUUGCUUGAACUAGAGGUUAAAAUAGCUUGGAAAUAUUGGGUAACACUUGUUCAUUUUUUAAUUAUUAUUUUUCUUUUAAGAAUUGUGCUGUAGAUAUAUAUUUAAAAUAUAACAAAGUAAACAAAAUGAGGUUUCCAAAAUAAAGUCAAAAUCUGUGCUACCCAAAUGUGAA